CACGAUGGGAACUCCUCAGAUCCUGAUUUUACUUAAGAGCUGUGUGACACUGGGCAAGUUAGUUCACCUCUCUAAACCCGUUUCCUUGUCUGUAAAUUAGGACAGUAAUACUAACUCAUAGGGUUGUCGAGAGGAUUACAUAGAUAAUCACAUAAUGCUUUUGGCACUGCCCCUGGCACAUAGCCCCCCAAAAGAGGAACUCCUGUGGUUGGUGCUAGAGCUCAGACACAAAAUCGUUAGCUAUUCCUUUCUUUGAUGCUGAGCAGCUCUGGGUGGACAGUCGAGGGCUUUGUCAGGGUUGCUAUCUCCCAAUACAGACUUCUGCCCCUUUCAGACUUCUGCUCCAUGUCUUUCCUUCCACCUCCUCCAAAAACCUUCUCCAGGAACAUUUGGUUUUGGUCCUUGUAUCCUUGAGAUUCUAAAAUUCUGUUUUGAGAAACAAUGUUGCCGAUAAGCCUACUUUCCCUGGGUCAGUACCCUGGGAAAGGUAUCACUUUUUUCAUCCUUCCAGCUACCUUUAGGACUCCUGCUUUUUCUCAUUCGGAUUCUGAUCCAUUUCUUCCCAUCCUCACUCGUGUGAACUCUCACGUUCUUCAUUCUGACCCGUCUCAUGCUGGCCAUCUCUUUGGGACUACUAAGGGGCCCUGGCCAACCUGGCUUUCUUUCACUUUUCCACACUCCAAAGACCCCUGUUCCAGCUACUCCCUGCCCACCCACAGGGUCAACCACUUUGGCAUUUAUUCUUUUCCCUUCUGUGUCUCCAGUUCCAUGUACUCCAAGACUCCCACUCCCUGUCACCCAGUGGCUUCUGGCUGACUUUUUUAGAGGGCUACCCUUUCUUUCACCUCCCCACCAUUCAUUCAGAAACAACUUCAUCAGUCCACCUCAGACUCCCAGACCUCUUCCAAGAAGACAGCUUAGGUGGCUGGAGAUGCGGACUGCAUUUCACCUUCUCCCUAGUCAGGUCUGAUACCCUUUCCAUUUCAGAGGAGCACCAAGAGGAAAAAGAACACUCAUGGAGGGCAUAGGGUGCCCUGAUAUAGGCUGGUGUGUGGAAGGCAUGGCUUUGGAUUGCUCUCAGCUGGAGCAGGUGGGUUAGAAGGCCUGACUAGCACAAGGGCCCAAAGAUCUUGUUAGUGGUGGGUAGCUCAGGUGCUGCCCUUAUAGGGGCACCAGCUGACACCCUUGGUGUUUGCCCCGUAAACUACUUUCUGUUCCUGCAAGUCGGUGCCAACCAGAGAGGGGGCGGACUGGAGUGAGGCGCUUAGAGAGCUUGAAGGUAAUGGUGGCGAGGCUUUAGGCAGAGGGGGCUGAAUGAGGGAGUGUGAGGUCAUGGGACAGGGAGAGGGGAAAGUGACCCGCCUGUGAUGAAGAUGAGGUGAUCCUACAGGGGCAGGCAUAGGGGGCUUCUGGAAAGGAAGCCUGGGGCGGAGCCAGGCGUCCUCUCCCAGAAGGUGGGGCUGGGGGGUCGGCAAGGAGGUGUUGGUCGAACCCGCUUCUUGCAGGGCUGCUGGUGUGCGCGCGUGCGUGCGUCUGUAGAGCUUCUUGGGGCCAGAAGCCACGCUUGAGGGCGCGCGGGCGGGGAGGGGGCGGUUGGCGCGCGCUGCCCACGCGGGAACAGAAAAACAUCCGCCGGAGGCCCGGCCGGGCGGCGCUCCAACCGCGCCGGGCAGGUGCGCGGCGAGGAAGUGAGCGCAUUCCGACCCCCCGGCCGCCGGGCCCCCCUCCGGAAUCAUUGGUGCUCCAUGAAGCAUUUUCCAUGGAAGAAACCACUCUUCUGGACAGUCUUUUUGCAAAACUGAUAUUUGUGACCCUCAAGGUAUAUACCAGUUCAACUUUGAGAAUACAUGUCAAGACAGACGGUAUUGGUCAUCACCUACCGAGAACCCCCGAAUCCUGAAUAUCAGGAAUUCCAGAAUCGGCUCCUGAUAAGAGCUCGAGAAGAUUUUGGUGUGGAGCUGGCCCCCUCCCUGAUGAACCUCAUUGCUGGCUGCUUCUAUGAUGGGAUCCUGUUGUAUGCUGAGGUCCUGAACGAGACAAUACAGGAAGGAGGCACCCGGGAAGAUGGACUUCGAAUUGUUGAGAAGAUGCAGGGCCGAAGAUAUCACGGCGUAACUGGACUGGUCGUUAUGGACAAGAACAAUGACCGGGAGACGGAUUUUGUCCUGUGGGCCAUGGGAGACCUGGAUUCUGGGGACUUUCAGCCUGCAGCCCACUACUCAGGAGCCGAGAAGCAGAUUUGGUGGACAGGACGGCCCAUCCCUUGGGUGAAGGGGGCGCCCCCCUUGGACAACCCCCCCUGUGCCUUUGACUUGGACGACCCAUCCUGUGAUAAAACUCCACUUUCAACUCUGGCGAUUGUGGCGCUGGGCACAGGAAUCACCUUCAUCAUGUUUGGGGUCUCCAGCUUCCUCAUUUUCCGUCCUUACAGAAAACUGAUGCUGGAGAAGGAGCUGGCUAGCAUGUUGUGGCGCAUUCGCUGGGAAGAGCUGCAGUUUGGCAAUUCAGAGCGAUAUCAUAAAGGUGCCGGCAGUCGCCUCACACUGUCGCUGCGGGGAUCCAGUUACGGCUCGCUCAUGACAGCCCAUGGGAAAUACCAGAUCUUUGCCAACACCGGUCACUUCAAGGGAAAUGUGGUUGCCAUCAAACAUGUGAAUAAGAAGCGCAUCGAGCUGACCCGGCAGGUUCUGUUUGAACUCAAACAUAUGAGAGAUGUUCAGUUCAACCAUCUCACUCGCUUCAUUGGUGCCUGCAUAGACCCUCCCAACAUUUGCAUCGUCACUGAGUAUUGUCCUCGUGGGAGUUUACAGGAUAUUCUGGAAAAUGACAGCAUCAACUUGGACUGGAUGUUUCGUUAUUCACUCAUUAAUGACCUUGUUAAGGGUAUGGCCUUUCUCCAUAACAGCAUUAUUGCAUCCCAUGGGAGUCUCAAGUCCUCCAACUGUGUGGUGGAUAGUCGUUUUGUGCUCAAAAUCACAGACUAUGGCCUGGCCAGCUUCCGAUCAACCGCUGAACCUGAUGACAGCCACGCCCUCUAUGCCAAGAAGCUGUGGACUGCCCCAGAACUGCUCAGUGGGAACCCCUUGCCAACCACAGGCAUGCAGAAGGCCGACGUCUACAGCUUUGGGAUCAUCUUACAGGAGAUAGGACUUCGCAGUGGUCCUUUCUACCUGGAGGGUCUGGACCUCAGCCCUAAAGAGAUUGUCCAGAAGGUCCGAAAUGGUCAGCGGCCUUACUUCCGGCCAAGCAUUGACCGGACCCAACUGAAUGAAGAACUAGUUAUGCUGAUGGAGCGAUGUUGGGCCCAGGACCCAGCUGAGCGGCCGGACUUUGGCCAGAUUAAGGGCUUCAUUCGCCGCUUUAACAAGGAGGGUGGCACCAGCAUACUGGAUAACCUCCUGUUGCGCAUGGAGCAGUAUGCCAACAACCUGGAGAAGCUGGUGGAGGAACGCACACAGGCCUAUCUGGAGGAGAAACGCAAGGCUGAGGCUCUGCUCUACCAAAUCCUACCCCAUUCAGUGGCGGAGCAGUUAAAGCGGGGAGAGACUGUACAGGCCGAGGCCUUUGACAGCGUUACCAUUUACUUCAGUGACAUCGUUGGCUUCACAGCUUUGUCAGCGGAGAGCACCCCCAUGCAGGUGGUGACACUUCUUAAUGAUCUGUAUACCUGCUUUGAUGCCAUAAUUGACAACUUUGACGUCUACAAGGUAGAGACGAUUGGAGAUGCCUACAUGGUGGUAUCUGGUCUCCCAGGCAGAAAUGGUCAACGCCAUGCCCCGGAAAUUGCUCGUAUGGCCCUAGCAUUACUGGAUGCAGUUUCUUCCUUCCGCAUCCGCCAUCGACCCCACGACCAGCUGAGGCUCCGCAUAGGGGUGCACACGGGGCCUGUCUGUGCUGGGGUCGUUGGCCUGAAGAUGCCCCGCUAUUGUCUUUUUGGAGACACGGUGAACACUGCUUCCCGAAUGGAGUCUAACGGUCAAGCCCUGAAGAUUCAUGUAUCCUCUACCACCAAAGAUGCCCUGGAUGAGCUAGGAUGCUUCCAGCUAGAGCUUCGAGGGGAUGUGGAGAUGAAGGGCAAAGGAAAGAUGCGAACUUACUGGCUCUUAGGAGAGCGGAAAGGACCUGCUGGCCUCCUGUAAGCCCCACUUCUUCCCAAGUCAGACAAUCUCCUGCUGCUGGUACCUGGGUGGGCAGUGGCCAUCAUCUCUCCAUGCCAGAAAGGGACAUUGUCACAUGAGAUGGAAAUCAACAUGUAUAAAAUCCCCACCUUAUAUGGAAGUUGUUGCCCUUUGCAGCUCGGCCUUGUACAUAUUCCUGCCCCUCUCUGGCCUAGUCCCCUUCCUCCCUACCCUCUGUAAAUAUCUGUAUCUAAACCAGAAUAUUUUGGCCAAAUAUAAAACAAAAACAGUCAUGA